CUACAGCCCGUCCACCUUGUAAGAUGACACAGCGCGCUCCGGAGACUGGCAUCAGAGUUAUUGUGGUUGGGGCUGGCUUUGCUGGACUCACCGCCGCGAUAGAAUGCCAUCUCAAAGGACACUCUGUACUCGUUUUAGAGUCCUUCCCGGAGCUCAAGCCUUUGGGUGACGUGAUCUCCUUUGGCCCGAACGCAGGGCGCAUCAUGGCGCGAUGGGGAAAUGGCUCGGUUUACGACAAACUGUACCCCAUUUGCCAUCGGAAUAAGGAACUCAUCUUCUACAAGUGGAACGGCGAGUUCAUCACCUCACAGCCGGUGUAUCCGAUGAACAGAGAGGCUCCCUCCGUGAACGGACACCGCGGGGAGAUCCACGAGAUCGUAUUCAACCACGCGAAAGAGCUCGGUAUCGAGAUCAGGCUCGGGUGUCGCGUGCUGGAGUACGUCGAGGAGAAGGACCGCGCGGGCGUCCGAGUCAACGGCGAGACCCUCUGGGCGGACGUCGUGGUCGGUUCCGACGGCGUGCGGAGCAAGGCGCGGGAGCUUGUCCUUGGCUACGUCGACAAGCCCAAGUCCUCCGGCUACGCCAUCUACCGUGCGUGGCUGGACUCGACCCCGCUGCUGCACGACCCCCUCACGAAGCACCUCGUCGUGAACGGGGACACGCACACCGGGUGGCUGGGCCCCGACGUCCACUUCCUGGCUGCGUCGGUGAAGGACGGAAAGUCCUUCUCGUGGGUGUGCACUCAUAAAGACGAGGGGGAUAUCGAGGAGUCGUGGUCUUUCCCCGGGAAGAUCGAGGACGCCCUGAAGGUGCUGGACGGGUGGGACCCGGUCUGCCGGCGGAUUGUGGAGCUCACGCAGGACUGUGUCGACUGGAAGCUCGUCUACCGCGACCCUCUCCCGACCUGGGUAUCGAAGGAGGCGCGGACGUGCCUCGCGGGUGAUGCCGCGCACCCGUUCUUGCCCACAUCAAUCCAGGGGGCGUCGCAGGCAAUGGAAGAUGGAGUCGUCCUUGCGGCGUGUUUACAGCUCGCGGGCAAGCAGAACGUCCCGCUCGCCGUCCGCGCGUACGAGAAGAUCCGGUACGGGCGAGUGAGGAGGGCGCAGCUUCUCGGCGAGGAGACGAGGGACAUGUGGCAUAAAGCCGACUGGGACGAAGUCAAGAAGAACCCUGACAUCAUUAAGCUGAAGCGGGACGACUGGCUUUUCCUGUUCGACUGCGAGAAGAACACCUACGAGGUCUGGGAUGAGACUGUGAAGGAGUUGACUGGCGCUCACGAAGGCGGCCAUAAUCUGCUACCUGCACAACCGACAGCUAUGAUCAGUGCGUAGGCGUACCACUUCCCUAUCGUCGUACUCUGCUGUGCGGUUUAUAUGGUAUUUCAAUUUGGGUAUAGAUACCAAUGGCAUCCUUGUAGAAUAUGUAU